CUCCGCCCUUCUUCCGUCCUUUUGGUUGGUGGCUCGUUUAGCGCAUUGACUUCGUCGCCUGUUCAGCUAAGUUUUCUCUCUUUCUCUCCUUUCUGUCGUGUUAUUAUUCUGCUUUUUUCUCUCGCUGGAAUCCUUCCUCGGGUCCGAAUCAAAUCACCCUUUUCCGGCUUGGUUUUGCUCUUUGGGCCAUUUUCCUUCGGAUCCAUCUCCCAAAAUCUGUUCUUUCGAAUCUUUGUUCGUGAGGACGCUUCUUGUGUUCUAAAUCUACCGCCGUUUGCUCUAGUUAAUCGAGGAACAUUUGUGAUCUUGAUGUUUGCAUCUUUAAUCGUGUCGGGGAUCAUCUUCUAGCCCUUUAUGCAUCUCGCUGCUCUUAGCGUCUGCUUGCUCCACUCCUUCUCCGUCGUCCUCCUUUACUGGUCGUAUGUGAUCUCGUGAACUGAUCCAUUUCGAUUUAGGAACUAGUUUUUUUUUCUUGAUUUUAUUUUCUAAUCCGGUAUCGGAGAAGUUAGACUCAUAAACUGUAAGUUUUCUACUCCUAAAAAACGAAAGAGCGAUGUCUUCCUCGCCUACUCGUCGAGCUUCGAGCUCCGAAGAGGAAUCGAAGCCUGCGAUCGAGGAGAGAAAGCGUAAGAGGAUGCUCUCCAACAGGGAGUCGGCGAGGAGGUCGAGGAUGAGGAAGCUGCAGCACUUGGACGUGCUGGUGAGCCAAGAGGCGCAGCUCAAGACCCAAAACGCCAAAUUCUCUGAGCAAAUCCAAGCGGUGACGCAGCAGUACAUGGCGGUGGACACCGAGAACGCCAUCCUACGUGCGCAGCUCAACGAGUUGACGCAGAGGCUGCAGUCGGUGAACUCGGUGCUGCGCUUCGUGGAGGAGUUCAGUGGGAUAGCCAUGGACAUUCCGGAGAUGCCCGACCCCAUUUUGAAGCCAUGGCGGCUUCCUUAUCCGGCGCAGUCAAUCAUGGCCAAUGCUGAAACGCUUCAAUUCUGAAAUGUUACAGUAGUAUUUGUCUUCGCAAAUUGUGUUACAGUCUGGGAGUUCUCUUCUUGCAGUGGUUAUGCAGUGAGUUUGUGUGCGUUUAUUGGAACCAUGUUUGACGGUUUUGGCUGUCUUGUAUUUGGUCCGUCCUUGGUGUGCACUGUGAUGGGUUGAAAAUAAUUGAAUUAGUGUUAAGUGUGUUGCUGAAAAUAUUAUUUGAAGAUAUGAUAAUUACAAAUUACUCCUUUUAUGUUUA